UUUUGACAGUUCGUGGAAAAAUCGAAUCCGAAAAUUCACCUGCGCGGAAAAGUUCAAACAUCAAUUAAAAUAGUGUUAAUUAAUCUGAAACAACUAUUUUUCCUCAACUGGAUUUUAAUUGAUAAGAUCUGCACUCGAAAGCCGGUUUCGUUCCUUAACAUUUGAAAUAACGGUUUUCUUCCAAAGCAACGGUUUCAUAACCUCAAAAAAUUUGCUUUGUUCCGAAAAAUCCGCCAACUAUUUUGCAUUUCCUGCUAUUGAUUGGAAGUGCAAUUGUUGCUAGAAUUAAAUCUAGAUUAAUCUGGAUUAAAGUGCGCGGUUUGACGCUUGCGUGCUCGGCUUGAAGAAAAGUGGAAGGGGGUGUUGGUCUUACCAAAAUUUACCCCUGUUGAUAUCGGGGAAAAGGUUCGCCAAACAAAACGAGGGGUUGAGUUGUGCAAUUGUGGAGCUGAUCCUGAGCUCCAAAAAAAGGUCGGGAUUUGGGAAAUUCGGGAUUGUGAGAACGAGAAAAAACCAAGAGGGCGGCUGAAUCGUUUCGAGGUUCGUGGAGUCGCAUUUUCCACAACCGGCUUUCGUUUUGUGUAAAAGACUCGAUCGAUUUGCUGAUUCUUGUACGAUGGAAGCUCUGAUUCCAGUGAUCAACAAACUCCAGGAUGUUUUCAACACCGUCGGUGCCGAUGCUAUUCAGCUGCCCCAGAUCGUCGUCUUGGGAACUCAGAGUUCAGGAAAGUCCUCCGUGAUCGAGAGUCUAGUGGGUCGUUCCUUCUUGCCUCGAGGAAUAGGAAUAGUAACUCGUCGACCUCUGGUUCUCCAGCUCGUUUACACCCCCAAGGAAGAUAGGGAAUACAGAAGUGCCGAGGAUGGGACUUUAGACGCCGAGGAUUGGGGGACAUUUUUGCACAAGAAGAACAUGAUUUACAAAAAUUUCGACGAAAUUCGGCAGGAGAUCGAGGCUGAAACCGAUCGUAUGGCAGGCUCAAACAAAGGCAUUUGUCCAGAACCGAUUAAUUUAAAGAUAUAUUCGAGUUCGGUAGUCAAUCUGACGUUAAUAGAUUUGCCUGGAAUUACGAAAGUUCCGGUAGGCGAUCAACCGGAAGACAUCGAGACGCAAAUCCGCCAAUUGGUGCUCAAGUACAUUUGCAAUCCUAAUUCUAUAAUUCUGGCAGUCGUCACUGCAAAUACAGAUAUGGCUACGAGUGAAAGCUUGAAGCUGAGCAAAGAUGUCGAUCCUGACGGAAGACGUACGCUGGCCGUUGUCACUAAAAUGGACCUUAUGGAUGCUGGUACCGAUGCGAUUGAUAUUCUCUGUGGUCGAGUGAUUCCCGUAAAACUAGGGAUCAUCGGAGUUGUAAAUCGGUCGCAGCAAGACAUAAAUAAUAAGAAAACAAUACAAGACGCUCUUAAAGAUGAAGCUGCAUUUCUCCAGCGAAAAUAUCCAACAUUAGCAAAUCGGAAUGGAACGCCGUACUUGGCCAAAACACUCAAUCGACUUCUGAUGCACCACAUUCGCGAUUGCCUACCAGAUUUGAAGACUCGAGUCAACGUAAUGGUGUCUCAAUUCCAAACCCUUCUCAAUUCCUAUGGCGAGGAUGUGGGUGACAAGAGUCAAACCCUGCUGCAAAUUAUAACUAAAUUUGCGAGCAGCUAUUGCGCAACAAUCGAGGGUACUGCCAGGAACAUUGAAACAACAGAACUCUGCGGAGGUGCUCGCAUUUGUUACAUAUUCCAUGAAACUUUUGGUCGAACACUUGACUCGAUUCACCCACUCGCUGGACUGACAAAAAUGGAUAUUUUGACCGCAAUCAGAAAUGCAACUGGUCCCAGACCCGCCCUCUUUGUGCCUGAAGUUUCCUUCGAAUUGCUGGUCAAACGGCAAAUCAGAAGAUUGGAGGAUCCUUCGCAGCGUUGUGUCGAGCUUGUGCACGAGGAAAUGCAGAGGAUUAUUCAACACUGUGGGAUUGAAGUUCAGCAGGAAAUGCUACGUUUUCCCAAAUUGCAUGAGCGCAUUGUCGACGUUGUUACUCAGCUGCUGCGAAGACGUUUACCCACCACAAACCAAAUGGUAGAAAAUCUAGUCGCUAUUGAGUUAGCUUACAUCAACACGAAGCAUCCAGAUUUCAACAAAGAUGCUGCCUUUGCCUCGUCGAUGUUCAAGGAUUCGCAUAUAGAGCAGAAAAGUAGAAAGCAUGUAUCCUCCAACUCUUCUGUCUCCAACGCCAUUGUACCCUUUGACAAAAAUUCAAGGUCGGUUCAUAGUCAUGACGACGUGCCAUCGGAGCAGGCUCAGCAGAAUCACUGGCUUCUGAGCAAUCUCUUACCGCAAGGUAAGACAGAUUCGACAGCCAAUUCGACAGAUGGAUCGCCAGUCAGAAAUCAUGAAAACAUGUCACAAAAUCAGCUGACUGAUGGCCAGAGAGCCUCGCCUCAACAAAAACCUGUAAAUCUACUGCCAGAGGUGCCUAUGCAGACUUCUCGUAAACUCAGCGAACGAGAACAGCGAGACUGUGAUGUCAUUGAGAGACUAAUAAAAUCCUACUUCUACAUAGUCCGUAAAUCAAUUCAAGACAGCGUUCCUAAAGCUGUGAUGCAUUUUCUAGUAAAUUAUGUGAAAGAUAAUCUUCAGAGUGAGCUCGUAACGCAUUUAUACAAAUCCGACCACGCAGAACAGCUCCUCAAUGAGAGCGAACAUAUCGCCGUUAGACGUAAGGAAGCUGCAGACAUGCUUAAGGCACUGACGCAGGCAGGUCACAUUAUCAGUGAAAUUCGCGAGACGCAUAUGUGGUGAUAAUCGAAGAACAAAGCACAGUUCGCCGCUCAAAGACGAUCCAGGCUAGUUUUAAAUAGGCUUUACCAACAAUUCGUUAGAUAAGUUAUUUGACAUCUCUACCUAUGUAUAUUGGACCAGUGUACAUAAUUAUUCUUACUUUUCACGCGAGCCGAAUAUCAACGUCAUCGAAAAGAAAUGCACUUCUCACGGAAGAAUGACGUCUUCUUUUACCAUUGUUACUGUUUGUUUUGGCGAUCUCAUAUUGUCGGUGUAAAAGAAACGAUUAAAGCAGAAAUUAAAUUUGA